GUGGUCUGGGGGCGGGGGAGGCAUCCUCUUUCCCUCCGCCUUGCACCCCUGGGACAUGCAUCCAACUGCCGACCUUCCCUCCCGUGCUUAGCACGGGGCGGGCGGGGGUGUCUUUGACUCCCCCCUCACUUUCUCGGGGCUGCAGGAUUUUUCAAGCAAGAAGUCGUCGGAUUCGGGAAAGGACAAAGGCUGUCGCUUUGCGGGCGAUCGGCAAAGGCGCUGCCUGUUUCACCAGACACUUUCCCUUGGAUGGGAAGCCUAAGGAUGGAAGAGCCAUGGUGGAAAGGAGACCUUGCAGCAGACGUUCACCAGACGUUGAGACUGAAGGAGCUGAAACUGCCGGUCUACAAGGCCCAUUCUCCGCAAAUUGAAAGACGACGCUAUUUUGCUCACCUCCUUACUGUCCUCAGCAGCCGUUGCCAACUUUGUCCCACAGCUCGGCACCUUGCCAUCUACUUGCUGGACCUUUUUAUGGACCGCUAUGAUGUCACUGUCAAGCAGUUGUAUGUCAUUUCAGUUGCAUGUCUUCUCCUUGCAAGCAAAUUUGAAGAAAAGGAGGAUAAAGUGCCCAAACUAGAACUGCUGAACAACUUUGCUUACAUGUGCAGCCUUAACCUAGCGCUUACAAAAAAAGACCUACUGAAGAUGGAACUGUUGCUCCUGGAGAGCUUCAACUGGAAUUUGUGUCUGCCAACCCCAGCGCACUACAUUGACUACUACCUCUUUGCCUCUGUCAGUGAGGGUGACCUCCACAAAGGCUGGCCCAUCACAUCUGUAACCAAGUUCAGAGCCAUCAUGGAGAAAUACUCUCACUCAUUCCUAGAAGCUUCACUGCAAGAUCAUGUUUUUCUCUCUUUUCGGCCUUCUGUUGUUGCUGCUGCUUGUGUGGGUGCCUCCCGCAUCUACCUUGAGAUCUCUCCCUCGUGGACCACCCAGCUCCAGCUGCUGACAUGUUAUUCCUGGGAACAUCUUGCUCCCUGCAUUGAACUCAUGCUUGGCAAAGCUCACAGUAAGGACCCCAGAGAAGCCCCGAAGGAAAAAGAUUGUGUGACCCUGUUGCAACAGCAGCAGCAGCAAGUUAUGGAAAGCCUAACCCUCCAGACACCAACUCAGGUUCUCUUCCAACAGCCGCAGUACCACCCCCUGGCCCAGCCCUCGGCUGUCCUGUCACAGUUCUGUUCUCCGAUACAGGAUCUCUGCUCCGCUUAUCGGGACUCCCUGCAAGCUCCUCGACCCAGUGGCCUCACCUCAGGGAACAGCGUGCUGCAUACCUAUUCUGCCCUGCAGGAGAAUUUCCAACCUGUUUUGCAGACCGUGUCUAUCCAAGGGCCAAUCACAAUGCAGGUGGCCAUUUCGACAGAAUCCAGGCAUUGCCUCUCAUUGAUCUACGGCAGCAGCUACUUCAGCAGGCAUCACUCAUAUGCAGCCGGCUGUUUUGACGGCUGAGCGCCUGUGGAAAAAGGGAGCCAGGAUGUUUUGACAGCAAAACACAGAGUUGGGUUACACAAACUGGGUUCGCCUUGUCACUGUCAGCAGGAACUCUAUGAAGAAAUGGCUAUACAGAGAUCCAACUCAGAAAUGGAUUUUGAUUUUUCAAUAUGUGUGCCUUGGAAGGAGGCAAGAUUUUAAGAGAAAAAUGCAAAAAUAUACCUCACUGUUCCCAAAUUCUGCCAGGCUUCAUUUUGAGCGAGGGAGACCCGGAGAAGCUUCUGCCAUAAGACGGACAUUUUGCUCUAAGGUAGCUUUCCUGUGACAGCUGUUUAUAGUUGCUUCCCUAAUGAAGUUGGCAGGUGGGUGAUGGUAGUUUUUAGCCCUGGAACAUUCUGCUGGUGCUCAAAAGGCUGGUGUUUAUUGGACCCACCUUGAUCUCUCUCCCUGUGAUGGAGUACUUUAUGAAGAAUCUUCCUUGUUGCUUAUUGGAAGAUUCAUACAGCAAUAUAUUAAACAUAAAAUGGGGAGAGAAUCACUUUGCCCUCUUUGAAGAUUUAGUAAGCUAAGCAUCACUUGGGUUUCCUAUGUACAGUGGGGGGGGUUUAAUUGCCUUUUUAAAGUACCUCUAGAUAUUUGAGAUGCUGCUUCCUUACAUCAGAAAUAGUCAUUUGUUGGAAAAAUAUGGUUUACGUAUUAUAUCAGGGAUUAAUGUUUACUUGAAGCAAUCUGCUGUAAAGAAAAAUAGUGAAAUCCCUUAAUAUUUGAGGGAACUGCUGCCUUUUACUAUAGGAUGUUAGGAAUUUGCAAUAUGACUUAGAAAACAGACUGUAGACAAAAAUAUACAAAGGAAUUCUUAAAAGGUUCGUGAAUAAGGGAAUAUAAGGUAAUAGAAAAUGAUCAGACAACUGAAAACUUGCAUUCCUAAAAAGACACUAACUGGAGUAAUCCUAUAGAUGACCAUUGCAGAUAGGUUGCCAUGCAGAAUUUUCAAGAUAAUAUGUAAAAUAACAUUGAAAGUUACAAUUUAGUUUGAGCAUUAGCACUCAAAGCAAGGAAUGAACCACACAUAAUAAAGAAAGCUAAUCUCCUUCUGCAAAUGCUUCUCCAGCACACUUUUUUCCUUCUAGCUGGACUCCAGAAUUAGGAAGUCUGGAAAGCAGAGGAGGGGGUAAUGUUUGCAGAGAAUAAUUGAUGAAAAUGGAUGGGCUAAAGUACCGUGCCCCCACCACUGAUUCUCUUCUGAAUAUGUCGAUUUGACAACACUUUUGCCAAGUUUUGCCUUGCCCCUUUUCUUCAAUACUUCUAUAUAAAUGUACUUUAGGAUCAUGGCCUUAAACAAUUUUGUAUAAUUGAGUUUCGUACUAGACUCGUGUGGCUCCAAUUUCAAAAUAUUUUGAAGACAUUUGUUACUGUGUGAAGUUGCCGCUUGAUGUGGAGCUGUUGUCACUGAAUGACAGUAUUGUUUGUGGAAAGUUUCUCAGGAUUGCGAUAACACGAUGUGCAAUAUGCUUUUAUUCUAUCGAAUAUCUCACGUUUGUGUUACUGGGGGAGUGCAGUGGUAAAAUGUUAUUUGCUCAUUUUGCUUUAAGUUAUAAUUUUCAGAGAGAGCGAAGAAUUUUUAACUGAAGAAGGGAGUGCUGCUUUUAAUGUAGGGGAAAAUCUUUUCCUUUUUACUGGAAGUCUGGUGAUGAGGACUGCUAAAGUAUAUUGCAGAUUGGGCUUUGCCCCUUUUGAUGACAACAUAUGUAGCAAGAUAAGAGUGGGGAAAGUUUUUGUUUGGAUUUUCUUUCCUUGUUACAGACUUUAAUGAAACGUCUUUGUCAGAAAUAGUAUCUGGACUUGUAUUUUAUCUUUUAUGUAUUUAUAUGUAAGUUUUUAUAUGUAACAUUUUGUGUAUUUUAAGCAGACGGUAACCACUUAAUUGCAUAAAAACCACUGAAGAAGCUCUAGCUUACAGAAUCCAGUCUGAUUAUUUCAUGAAAUCCUGCAAAGAAGGUAUUUUUGUGUGUUGAAAUUUUCUGUUUCCAUC